AUGGUGUAUGUUGGUGAUCUAUUUUUAUUUAGUUCUGAGCUUCUUUCUUAUAAAGGUGAGCUUUUUGUUCUUGGAAGUGAGCUUCUUUCAUGCAAAGGUAAAUUGCAAUAUGUUGAACUUCUUUCGCAUAAAUGCGAGCUUAUAGUGAAUGUUGGUGAGCUUCUAGCACUUAAAGGUGAGCUUCUUUUGUAUAAAGAUAUCAUGCCAUCAUCCUCAGACACAGGAGUUUCGGACACCUUAGAUCCCAUGACGAUCGUGUCAGAUGACGAGAUUCCGUCGGAGCGAGAGGUCUACACUUCAGACACCACUAGUACUGACGAUGACGAUUUCCAGCCGUUCGUGCUGCCUGACGUCGGAGUUGAGCCUGCUGAUGGCCUUCCUGCCGGGGAUUUACCACUUGCGGUGAUCCCUGCUCUUAUACCGCUUGCUGCUUAUCCAGUCGUAGACAUGCCACUCGAUGUUGUUUUUGACGAUGACAUCGAUCUGUUUGAGGAGGACCCACCUGAGGCUAACCAUGAGGGCGGGGACCCUAUUGUUGCUGAUGUUAUCCUACCCAUUGCUGAGGCCCCUGCAGAGGAGCUUCCUGCUUAUUCACCUGUCCCAGAUUCCUUUGAGUCUGUGGCAUCUGCGUCCUUACACGCUCAGGGAGUGCAGCAUCACUCUUCAGACGCCGACCCUGACAUGGCGUUAUCAGCUGCACCUGCUCCCGCACACGGUUUCGAGUUUGACCACGAGGUUGACGAUGAUUUUGAUCCUGUCUUUCCCCCUGGUUUUGAUCCUGACCAGGAGAUCGAGUUCAUUCACCUGGACCAGCCCCUAGAGGCACCUGUAGCCCCUAUCGAUCCUUUGUUUGAUGAUCCAGCUGAUUUUGAUAUGGAUUUUGUUGACCCGGAGCCUGCUUUGGCCCCAGAGCCUGUAGCUGCUCCUGACCCUGCAUUAGAGCAUGACCCUGUUCAUGAUGAUGCACCAGCCAUUGCACCCUUUGUUGAUGAUGUACCCGUUGCUGACGCUCCUAUUGACGCACCACUCUUGAUAGAGGAUCCUGUUGUUGCACCAUUUCCUGAUCAUGUGCCGGUGCUGUUCGACCGUGCACCUUUUGCUGCUCAUAUAGAUCCACGAUAUGCCGACACCCACAACGGGUGGAUUGAUGACGAUGACGAUUACCCACCGUAUGUACAGCCUGUUACUCCUCCAGUAGCCCCCGUUUCAGCACCCAUUGAUAACCCGCUGUUUCCCCCACACACCACAGAUGCUCAUCGCACUGAUCUCCCUAUUACGUUCCUUCAGGACAUACCGCCACCGCGUCCUGGAGAGGGGUCAUCCAGGCAGCCGCCUGUUUCUGCUCCACCCAACACCUUUUCCAUUCACAUCACAAUGACUAGACAGUUCGGACAAGGGCGAUGUGGCCCUUAG